GCCCUCGGAGUGGGGUCGGGGUGGGGCGUGUGCCCCCCGCCCCAAAUGGGGAACCCACCGUGGCUCAACCCUUGCCCGGAGCAGAAGGACCCCCGGGAUCACCUGGGGCCGAGCCGGAGCUGAGGGACCCCCAGGACCCCCGUGCUGCAGCAUGGCGCAGUGGCAGGAGGUGCAGGGCUUGGCCAACACGUACCUGGAGCAGGUGCACCAGCUCUACGCGGGCUCGGAGCUGCCCAUGGCCGUGCGCCAGUGCUUGGCCGCCUGGAUCGAGGACCAGAACUGGCGCCAGGCGGCCGAGCCGCUCUCCUCCCACGCCCGGAUGCUCUUCCACUCCUUGCUGGUGCUCCUAACGGAGCAGCUGGGCAGCCUGGGCACGAGCCACGAGGAUUUCAUGCUGAAGCACAACCUGCGCAAGGCCCACCGGGACCUCCAGGCCGAGUUCGAGGAGAAUCCGGAGAAAUUCGCCAACCUGGUGGCCAACCUGCUGCAGGAGGAGCAGCGGAUCUUGCGCCUGGGGCAGGCGGGGGGGCAGGGGGGGUCGUCCCCGGCGCCCACCGCGCCUCCAGAGCAGGGCCGGGAGCAGCAGAUCCAGCGGCGCUUGGCCGAGUUCCACACGGCCCUGCAGGAGGCCGAACGCGCCUUCCGACACCUGGAGGACCUGCAGGACGCCUUUGACUUCUGCUUCAAGGUGCACUACCAGCCAGGUCAGGACAGGAGCGGGGACCCCCAGUACGCCCGGCAGCUCCAAGCCCUCCAGGCCAAGCUGCAGAACCUGGACCAGCAGCGGCGGGAGGUGCUGGCUCAGAUGCAGCAGCUUUUGGGGCGCAGCGAGACCCUGCGGGAGCUGCUGCAGCAGGAGUUGGGGGACUGGCAGGAGCGGCAGCAGCGCUCGUGCCUGGGAGCCCCCGUGGACACCAACCUGCGCCCACUGGAGACCUGGUUCACGGGGCUGGGCCAGGGGCUGUUCCAGCUGCGGCAGCUGCUCCGGGCGCUGAGCGACCUGCGGCAGAAGGUGACCUACGAGAGGGACCCGCUGGCAGCAGAGACCCCCCUCCUGGAGCAGCGGCUGCAGGAGCAGCUCACGCACCUGCUGAAGAGUGCCUUCGUGGUGGAGCAGCAGCCCAGCACCCCCAACCCCUUGAAGCGCCCGCUCGUGCUCCGGACCGGCACCAAGUUCUCGGCCCGCGCCCGCCUGCUCGUGCGGCUGCACGACCGCAACCACCGCAUGGAGGCCGCGAUCCACAUCGACAGGGACCCCCCCAAGGUCAAAGGGUUUCGCAAGUUCAACAUCCUGACGUCGAGCAGCAAAACGCUCCUGGCCGGGGACAGUCCCCAGGAGGGGCUGGUCUGCGACUUCCAGUACCUCACGCUGAAGGAGCAGAAGGACAGCAGGUCUGGCAAGGGCAGCAAAGGCGCCAGCGAGAGUCCCCUGGUCGUGACAGAGGAGCUGCACCUCAUCACCUUCACGCUGGCCUACGCCUACUGCGGGCUGGAGCUGGAGCUGAAGACCUCCACGCUGCCCUUCGUCAUCAUCUCCAACAACAACCAGUUCUCCAGCGCCUGGGCCUCCAUCCUCUGGUUCAACAUGCUCAGCUCUGACCCCAAGGACCAGCACAUUUUCUCGGAGCCGCCCCUGGCACCGUGGCACCGUCUGGCCGAGGUGCUGAGCUGGCAGUUUGAGAGCGUGGCAGAGAGGGGGCUGAGCCGGGACCACCUCCUCAUGCUGGCCGAGAAGCUCCUUGGCUCGAAGGCGUCACGAGAGAGCACCGUGGCCUGGCCCAAGUUCUCCAAGGACGGCGCCGGCUUCUCCUUCUGGGCUUGGCUGGACGGGAUCCUGGGGCUGCUCCAGGAGCACCUCAAGCAGCUUUGGAAGGACGGACUCAUCCUGGGCUUCGUGAGCCGGAAACAAGAGAGGAAACUGCUGAAGUCGAAGAGAACGGGGACGUUCCUGAUCCGGUUCAGCGAGAGCGUCUUGGGGGGGGUCACCUGCACCUGGGUGGAGCAUCCUGAGAGUGGAUCCCCCACUUUCCAUUCGGUGGAUCCGUACACGGCGGUCGAACUGGCGUCCCUGGCACUGCCCGACAUCAUCCAUGAUUACCACAUCAUGAUGGAGGAGAACGUUCCCGAGAACCCCCUCCAGUUCCUGUACCCAGACACCCCCCGAGACAAGGCCUUCGGGCCCUACUACAGCCAGCGGCAGGAGGGGAACCUGACAGAGCCAGAGAAAUACCUGAGACGGCGCCUCAUCCGUGUGUCCUCCAGGCAGGCAAAUAAGUCGUGGCAGACGGAAGAGGAGCUGGUGGUUGCCACUGAAAACCUGGAGACGCUGCAGCUGCAGCCCGGAGGACAGAGCACACAGUGGGAUGGUGGCCUGGCACUGCCACAGUCCCAGAGCCCAGGGACACCACAGGCCAAGCCAGAGAACCUGGGGACACCUCAGGGAGUGGCUGUGAGCCCAGGGACACUGCAGGUGGUGGCCACGAGCCCGGGGAUGCUGCAGCCCGGGGCCUUGGGGACACUGCACUCGGGGUCCCAGUGCCUGGAGCCACCACAGCCACCGCAGGUGGGAUCAGAGGUCUCAGAGGUGGUGGUGCAGGUGGUCCCCAACAUCCAGGACACAGUGCAAGUGGCACUAAGGGCUGUGGGGACUAUACAGGUACUGCCUGGGGGGGUGGGGAUGCUGCAGGUGGGACCAGGGGACUUGGGGACACUGCAGGUGCUGCCAGGGGACCAGGGGACGGUGGCUGUGGACACGGGGAUGCUGCAACAAGUGGGAGCUGUGGACACGGGGAUGCUGCAACAAGUGGGAGCUGGGAACACAGAGAUGCUGCAACAAGUGGGAGCUGUGGACACGGGGAUGCUGCAACAAGUGGGAGCUGUGGACACGGGGAUGCUGCAACAAGUGGGAGCUGUGGACACGGGGAUGCUGCAGCAAGUGGGAGCUGUGGACACAGGGAUGGUGCAACAAGUGGGAGCUGGGAACACGGAGAUGCUGCAGCCCAGACCGGGGGCUGUGGAGCCACUGCAGGUCACUGAGGGCCAGGGGCUGCUGCCCAGGAGCCAGGACAUCCAGGAGCUGCUGCAGUCGCUGGAGCCAGGCUCAGGGACGCUGGAGACGCUGGAGGUGGCAGAGCUGAUGCCAAACAUGCUGGAAAGCUUGGACGGGAGGCCCCAGCUGGACCCUGGGCUGGCAGGUGCCGCCGUCCUCCUGGGCCACCGUGACCCGUUCCUGCCACAGCCCGAGGACUUGGCUCUGCCCACUGUCAACUCCCUCUUCGCCUCCACCGACUUCCCCCCGCUCCACAUCGAUGCCAGUGACUUCCAGUGACUCCCCCCGGCCCCUCCCCUGUAAAUAAACCCCUUCCCACCCCCCCGCCCGUGCCGCCCAUUGCGCCGCACUCGGGAGCCGCUUGUCUCCU